UUGAUUUUACUUUUGUUUUCAUGUUAAUUAUUAUAUUUACAUAUAAUGUUCAAUUCAACUUUAACCCGGUUCACUCUACUUCCUAGGUUGACCUUAUGUUCAACUGGGCAGAUUUUUAAGCCACUCAUCACUUUGGUUCAACGUGCAAGUGACUCUACAGUUUCUAAUCAAGAAUCCAAAUUAGCCUCCGCAUCACCAAAGAUUAAUCCAUACACUGAAUCAUCGGAAUCAAUGAAAAAGGAUGAUAAAGAUUCAUGGAAAAAAAUGAACCCGGUUUGAAUUCGUUUUUUGAUAAAGAAGAAAAUUGGGGAGAAAAUGUGGUUAGAGUUGGUCGUUCUUGGCGUCAAGAAGAAUUGAGAAUAAAAUCUAAUGAUGAUCUACAUAAAUUAUGGUUCGUCUUAUAUAAAAAAAAUAUGUUGCUGACUAUGCAAGAAGCAUGUAAAGCGGAAGGACAUGUAUUUCCUUCCGAAGAGAAAAUAGAAAAGGUUGAAGAAUCUCUGGAAAAUCUAGAGAAAAUUGUCAGAGAAAGAAACAAAGCUUACUUCCAAUUAGAAGUAGGUGAAGAUGCCACAGCCAAAAGAUCAAUGGCAUUUAGAAUGGACCAAUUUGGCCGAUGGCGAUGGCAACCAAUUUACGAGCAUUACAAGCCAUUUAGAGCGAGUCCAAAUUGGAGGAAAGUAUUUGGACUUUGCUCAAGUGCAGAUACUUUAAAUUUCGCACGUGCUCAUCGAGAGAGAAGACGAAACGCCCUGAUUGCACAUUUGAAAAUUAAACAUAGUUUAGUUCGGCAAUAUUUGAGGCGAUUCCCUAACUUGGAUAUAAAUUAUCUACAGAAAAAAUUUCCAGAAGUUCCUGUUCAAUACAUCAAAGACAAUCUCAACUUUGAUCCAGAGUAUUGUCGACUGGUCAGCAAAGGAGCCUACGAGGAACUUCAUUAAUAAUUGGUCUGUCUUUUUUAUCAUAUUCAGUUGAGUUUGUGACAAUUUAAUAAUGGACAUUGCAACAUUGAGAUCCCAUUGACCAGCCUUAGGAUCAAUAAUUGAUUCAACCAAAUCAACUGUUAA